AUGCAAGGAAACCUACAGGCUCCCUGUGGCUACGACAAGUUCAGCUACUCUUGGCGUUCCCGCCUGGGCACCGUAUUCCACCAGUCACGCGGCAAGCACUACGCCGAGACGGGCUACGGCAAGGGUGACGUUAUUGGCUGUCUGAUAUGCCUGCCCAAACACACUGGCUCCAUGGACAAUCUUCUGCCCGCGAGACCACCGGUUUCGAUGACUGCCAGUACCGGUGGUGGGUCCCGCAAGGGUGGCGGCGGUGACACGGCCGCUGCCGCCGCGAAGAAGUCUUCUACCGCCCCACCCGAACCCCUGAUCAAAUUUCGAAAUAAUUACUACUUCGAGGAGAAGGAUGAUCCGCAGGCGGUGGAGAAGAAACUGCGUCCUCUCACAGGCAGCAAGGUUCGUUUGCUGUAUUUGUGGCAAAAGUAG